AUGAAUAAAGGACCAACACAAGACUUGACCCGGGAACAAGUUAGAAAAGGAUCAACACAAGACUUAACCUGGGAACAAGUUAGACGAGAGAUUCAUGGCAGCAACAAUGUGUAUGAUCUGGUGCUACAGCAGCAAGAGAAUCCACAUUGUUCGUGCACUCACAUAACCCUCGCACGUAAGUACAACUUUCUCUAGAGUUUUGUCUUUAUCUCGUGAAUAAAAUGUACAGGAAUCUCAUCAUCUGCCAUCUUUUGUAUUCUUAAUGCGAUAGAAACAACAGACUCACGUACCUUGACCGGUACGUACGUUUUAACCUGUUCGUUAUGCUCUAGUCUAAUUUAAUCGGUUUUAGUUAUUUUUAGGUGGAUGAUGUCAUAGUUUUUAUUAAUUAUGUGCGUCAUAUCGUUAUGUGGGUAUGAUGUCAUUGGUUAUUUGUAUGGGGCUCUUGUUUGGGUAUGAUGCUGUCUGAGCUGCGUUUUGAUUGGUGGACAUCUCUCAGGAAGCAAUUUGGUUGUGUUGGUAUCUCAGGGUCUCAAUGGGGUUAACCGAUAGGCGUAAAACGGUCCAAAAUUUAGUCGAUAGCCGUAAAAAUUGAAAUACUUCAACCGUUAGCUGUAAAUAGGGUAAAAAGAGUUAACCGUAAAAAUAUUUUGCUCCUUAGAUUUGAAAAAUUUUAGGAACGUGCUAAACUCACUUAGAACGGUUGUGUUUCUUAUUUCGCGGCUACUUUGACUCUUUACGUUCCCGUUUCUACUAUAGUUUUGCUUUUCACAAAGAUUUUACUCAAAUAAGUUAUUUUAAGAGAAUGAGAAAACUGCGGCAAAGAUCUUCAAAGCCGCGUACUUCUCAGCUUGGCUCCGACACUAGCCUGAAUGUGACAGGGGCACCCAACGGCAAUUUUCGGGAAAAUAUCUGUUCGGAAGACGAUUUGAGAUCUAGAAUUUUCGGAGCAUUUGUUGUAAAAUUUCUUGCUUGCCUGCCUCUCCUAGGAUUUUCGAACAUCUACAAAAUGGUAUAAUUACCCAUUUUACACGGAUAUUUACCCUAAAAAAGACCACCUAGAAUUUUCGGGAGACUUUUCCUGGCUGAAAUUUUCGAAAAGGUAUGUUUUGAUCCCUAUAAUUUUCGGAUCACUAGACUUUCAGCUAGGAAAUCCGAACAGAUGAAAAGUUUUUAGGGGAUAAAAAUAUGCCUAUAUCUACCGUUUAAAUACUAAAAUACGUUCAACAAUGCUAUGUUACUUGGUUUUGAACUAUAUCCUCGUUGGGUGCCCCUGAUGUGAGAGUCACAGAAAUGUUCGAGUCUCAAUCUGUAUGCUUGUUCUUUUUUAGUCCACGUUGUACAAUCUGUUCUUUAGUGGGGUAAAGACCCUAUCGUGGUAGUAAAUAGAGAAGAGGGCAGCAAAUACGAAGCGACGCGAAGAACGAAUCAGUAGCCACUGAAGAAAAGGAAAUCACGCCAAGAUGCAAAAGAUGACAAACUUUUUCAUAGUUAACAUUUCUAUGCGUAAAAUGAUGUUAGAAAUGGAAUACUCUAAAAGCAUGAUUUAUGAAAUAUUAAAAAUUUUCAGAAGAAUAACUUAUUUCAUCCCGAGAUGAUCCUAAGACAUUUACUUUGCUUUAAAGAUACAACAAAAUACAGGUUUAUUAAUUUUGAAAUUAAGAAAUUAAUUUUUAACUUUAUAGUUAAGCAUAACUAAAACAAAAUUAACCUAUAGCCGUAAAAGAGCCAAAAUUUUAGCCGAUAACCGUAAAUGCCACCACCCCAUUGAGACCCUCGUAGUUAGCUAAGGGUCUGAGCUUGACGAUGAGACCAACCAAGACGGCAAGUCUGCUAUGAAAAUUCUCACCGCUGGGGAUAUUCUGGGCCUUUUUGAGGAAAGUUUUCAAAAAUUCGGCUACAUGUAUAUUAUAUGCGAUCAAAGGACUGCGAUGGUUCACGAUUUUUCCGUGGAGCGUUCAUGGGCGGAAAUAAUUUUGUUUUCAAUCCAGAAGCUAAUUCCUUGUUGUUUCGCGAAUUCUUGCCUUGACUAAAACAACAUCAUUGUAUGAUGCCUCGGAAAUUAAGGAAAUCAAAUAAUUCAUUAACGUUUAUUACUGACCAUGACGAAAAUAGUUUCAAUCAGCAACAACGUACAAUAAGCUUUAUUAUCAUUACUAUAACAAAGUAUUACAGUAUUGCAAAAGCUACUUGAAUUUAAUCAUUGAUUCCUUUUUAAAUUAAAUAUUUAAAAUAUUAACUUUAAAUAUAAUAAUCAUUGCUUAUUUUCAACCAUUAGUAGGAUUAAUUAUUCCGAUCAUUUGCUGAUAAGACUGAGUGUCAAAUCAGCCAUUGCAAAGCUAUCUUUUCAGAAGCCCAUUACUUUACCAAAGAACAAUAACCAGCCAAAAAGACAUACAUUGGCUGGGAUAGUGACUUUCACUCGGAUAGUAGGUUUGUCAAGAUCGAGUUCCUGUGGAGGUUUGUGUUAGUUAAUGAAAGUUUGGAUCAGGGUGCAAAGAAAACCAUUUUUACAGCUUGCCAUUCGGGCAAGCUGAAGCUAACAUUUACUAGCCCAGACAUCAUUUCAACUAGCCCCAGAAACGUUUUGAUGAACAGAUUGAUUUCACAGUUCUUCUGUAAUUUGAAUUCCUCAAAAAACUUCACUUGCCCGUCGGGCAAGUUAAUAGCAGAAUUCAUUAGCCCCGGGUUAUCGGACACUACUUUCUAUCAAUUUAGGUCUCUGGGAAACUGCCCACCUACCCCUCCCCGAAGCUAACAUUAACACUUACUUCUAGCUUAGGGCAAAAUGAUGGCUAAGGGGAGGGGUAGGUGGGCGAAAUUGCGAUUGUUUGAUGAAAUAAAGAAUUUCCCUGUUUAUUCUUUCCUUUUUACGCGAUAGAUGUGUCACCCACAGGGACCCUAGACUGUGAAAUAAGUGCACAGGAAUGUCGACCUCCUUUGGAGAUAAAAACCCUUACAGUAACGCCGAAAGACUCUAAAGUGAAUUUCAACUGCUCGAUUAAGACUGGGGGAAAAGUACAAGACAUG